GGCGGCGGAGCGGCGCCGGCCUGCGCGGCGAGUCCCGGGCGGCCCCGGGCCGAGGGCGACCCCCGUCCCCUCCCCUCGCCCUUCCCCCCGCCCCCCCGCCCGCCCAGGCGGCCCCGCGCCCCCCUCUGCGCGCGCUCGCGGGGUGGCGGCGGCGGCGGCUCCGGGAGCGGCGGCAGCGCCGGCGCCAGGAUUCCCUUUGUGGAAGUUGCUGUUUAACCAUGUUUGCCAGGCUGGAAUCACCUGAAGACCUGUUGCAUGCUACAAAGUACUGAAGUUGUGCAAUUUGUUUUGCUAUCUAGGUCAACUGGAAUACUUCUCAAGACACGUGCAGCAGGAUUCUGUCAGGAAACCACUUCUGUUUGUUCCAGUGGACAAACAGCUUGGGUACUGCAAUGGCCUCCAUUUCCCGAGUCGCACAGUUUGUCUUGCAGAGCUUUGCAUUGGGUCACCUGCAUCAUCUUAAUGUCUGACAGGCUCCUGUUGUUGGAAAAAAUGGUUUUGGAUGGUCUGCCUAACUUACAAGAUACAUGUGCCUCAACUAUGGAAGACUUAGAGGUGGAUUUUGAUUCAGGACUGGAGGAAGAUGAACUGAAACAGGAGUCUGCUCCUGAGGAUUCCACGAUCUUUGUAGCUUUUAAAGGAAAUAUAGGUGACAGAGACUUUGAGCAGAAGCUAGAUACCAUAUUGGAGAAUGUGCCUGGCCUUUUACACAUGGAAUCCAACAAGUUAAAGCUGCAGAAGAUCGAGCCCUGGAACAGCGUCCGCGUUACCUUCAACAUCCCGCGGGAAGCUGCCGAGCGCCUGCGGAUCCUGGCUCAGAACAAUAACCAACAGCUUCGUGACCUGGGAAUCCUCUCCGUGCAGAUUGAAGGGGAAGGUGCUAUCAAUUUAGCUUUAGCCCAAAACAGAGGCCAGGAUGUCCGAAUCAACGGGCCCCUGGCACCAGGCAACGCAGUACGAAUGGAGCCAGGUUUUCCCAUGCAAGGGGGACAAGGUUUGAUAAGAGUGAGCAAUGCUGCACCUGUCAUGAUGUCCCAGAGUGGAAAUGUGCCCUCCUCUAUGGUGACGAGUGGUGCUAGUGCGGAGCUGCAGCCAAGAACACCUCGGCCCUCCUCCCAGCCAGGUGAUGCAAUGGACCCACUCUUAUCUGGGCUAAAUAUCCAGCAGCAAAAUCAUCCAUCUGGACCUUUAGCUCCUCAGCUCCACUCAAUGCAGACAGUUCCUGUAAACAGGCAGAUGAACUCAGCCAACUUUCAGCAGCUACAGCAGCAGACGCAGUUGCAGACUCGUCCUCCUCAGCCACAUCAGCAGCCACAGCAGGGUAUUCGACCUUCGUUUACUUCACCAGCACAGGUUCCAGUUCCCCCUGGCUGGAACCAGCUUCCUUCUGGAGCACUUCAGCCUCCUCCAACCCAGGGAGCGUUGAGUACAUUGACAGUAAACCAGGGUUGGAAAAAGGCUCCGUUGCCUGGACAAAUGCAGCAGCAACUUCAAGCAAGACCAUCUCUAGCAACAGUGCAAACUCCUCCUCAUCCUCCACCUCCAUAUCCUUUUGGAAGCCAGCAAGCUUCCCAGGCUCACUCAAACUUUCCCCAGAUGAGCAAUCCUGGCCAGUUUACUGCUCCUCAAAUAAAAAGCCUUCAGGGAGGGCCCUCGCGGGUUCCUACUCCACUGCAACAACCCCACCUGACCAACAAGUCUCCCGCUUCCUCUCCCUCCUCCUUCCAGCAGGGCUCUCCUGCAUCAUCUCCAACAGUUAACCAGCCACAGCAGCAGAUGGGACCAAGGCCUCCCCAGAGUAGCACGCUUCCCCAGGGAUUUCAGCAGCCUGUCAGUUCUCCUAGUCGUAAUCCUAUGGUGCAACAGGGGAAUGUACCCCCCAACUUCAUGGUGAUGCAACAGCAGAACCAAGGUCCACAAGGUUUACACCCUGGUUUAGGAGGAAUGGCCAAGCGUCUCCCACCGGGCUUCCCUGCAGGCCAGGCCAGCCAGAGCUUCCUGCAGGGGCAGGUGCCUUCCACAGCCCCAGCGCCAGCGGGGACCAGCGGAGCGCCGCAGCUGCCCGGCAGCCAGAGCGUGCAGCACACAGGUGCCCAAGGAUCUGGACCUCCUCAAAAUCAGAUGCAAACACCACAUGGCCCACCAAAUAUGAUGCAGACCAAUCUAAUGGGACUUCAUGGAAAUAUGAACAACCAGCAGGCGGGUGCUAGUGGGGUGCCACAGGUUAACAUCGGCAGCAUACAGGGACAGCCUCAGCAAGGACCACAGUCUCAGCUCAUGGGAAUGCAUCAGCAAAUUGUGUCUUCUCAAGGACAGGUGGUAAACAUUCAGGCUCAGGGAUCGCUGAACCCUCAAAACCAGAUGAUACUUUCUCGGACUCAGCUCAUGCCGCAAGGCCAAAUGAUGGUGACGCCACAAAACCAAAACCUCGGUCCUUCUCCCCAAAGGAUGACCCCACCCAAACAGAUGAUUCCCCAGCAGGGACAACAGAUGAUGUCUACACACAAUCAGAUGAUGGGACCUCAGGGCCAGGUCUUGUUACAGCAGAACUCUAUGAUGGAACAGAUGAUGACCACUCAGAUGCAAGGAAAUAAACAGCCUUUUAGUACUCAAAACCAGUCCAAUGUUAUGACGGGGCCAGCUCAACUGAUGAGAGGACCAACCCCAAACAUGCAAGGAAACAUGGUGCAGUUCUCUGGGCAGAUGAUGCCACAGCAAGGCCCUGGGAAUGGUAAUCCUCCUCAGGUUAUGGGAAUUCAAGGGCAAGUUUUAAGACCCACUGCACCUGGUCCUCACAUGUCUCAGCAAGUUGGGGAUACUACUACUACAGCAAAUAAUGACGUGAACUUGACACAGAUGUUACCUGAUGUUCCUGUGCAGCAGCCAAACAUGGUGCCUUCUCAUAUGCAAGCAAUGCAAGGAAACAGCAGUGCUUCAGGGAGUCAUUUCUCUGGCCAUGGGCUGCCUUUCAAUACAGGGUUUAGUGGAACACCGAAUGGGAAUCAGAUUUCCUGUGGGCAGAAUCCUGUUUUUCCUGUCAAUAAAGAUGUCACACUCACAAGUCCACUCUUGGUCAACCUUCUACAAAGUGAUAUAUCAGCAGGACACUUUGGUGUGAACAACAAACAAAAUAACCAGAAUGCCAACAAGCCGAAGAAGAAGAAACCUCCAAGGAAGAAGAAAAAUAAUCAGCAACUAGAACAAACAACUUCUUCUGAACCACGUCCAGCUGGCCUGGAGGAGAGUGAUCAGUCAUCGAUGUCUGGAGAACAAGGAAUGAGUUUAGAUAACUCAGGCCCUAAACUUUCGGAUUUUGCAAGCAGGCCACCAGGUUAUCCAUCUCAGCCGGUGGAACAAAGGCCACUCCAGCAGAUGCCACCUCAGCUUAUGCCACACACGCAGCAGCCGCAGCAGCAGCUGCAGCCACCACCACAGCAAGCCCAGGCCCCACCACAGACCCCGCAGCAGCAGCAGCAGAUGAUGAUGAUGCUUAUGAUGCAGCAGGAUCCCAAAUCAGUCAGGCUGCCUGUCCCACAAGGAGUUCAUGCGCCGAGAGGGCCUCUGAAUCCAGAUGCCCAACGAAUGCCGCUGCAGCAGGGUGGGAACAUGCCAGUAAUGGUCAACCUCCAAGGUCCUGGGUCGGUGCCUCCAUCUCCUGACAAGCAAAGAAUUUCCUUGCCAGGCAAUCCUCCUCUGGGAAAUAAUGCAAGAAAAAUGGUUUAUCCAGACAAUGUACAGAAUCCUUCCAGCUCACCCCUCGGAGAGGUUUCGGCAGUGUCCUCCCUUGCAGAAGGAGGUGGAGCCGAAGGCCCCCCAGCAGCAGGAGCUCAGAAUAGUCUGACAUCUCACUUAGUAGUUUCACAGAACCAGUUAAUGAUGACAGGACCCAAACCUGGACCAUCCCCACUGUCAGCUGCCCCAGGUGCCAGUCCCCAGCAGCAGUCUAAUUCUCUGCCUAGUGCUCUGACACACCACUUUCCAAAUGUGGCCACCCCGUCACAAACAUCGAGGCCCAAAACGCCCAACAGAGCGAGCCCGAGGCCCUACUACCCUCAGACUCCCAACAACCGUCCACCUAGCACAGAACCCUCCGAGAUUAGCCUGUCUCCAGAGAGGCUCAAUGCUUCUAUAGCCGGCCUGUUCCCUCCCCAGAUCAAUAUUCCUUUACCUCCCAGGCCUAAUCUCAACAGAGGAUUUGAUCAGCAGGGUCUUAAUCCCACUACUUUGAAGGCCAUUGGACAAGCUCCCUCAAAUCUCACAAUUAACAACCAGUCUAAUUUUGCUGCUCCCCAGUCACACAAAUUGGAAGGUGUGGUCAUUAAUUCAGGAAAACAAACCAGCACUGGAGGGACAAAGAGAGCGAGUCCAAGCAACAGCCGAAGGUCCAGUCCCGGGUCCAGCAGGAAAACGACUCCCAGCCCUGGCAGGCAGAAUUCAAAGGCAGCUAAAUUAUCACUGACAGCUCAGCAGAAUCCACCUCUCUUGCAGAACAUGGAGUUACAAAGGAAUAUGCUGGCUAGUCCCUCUUCUUUGCCAACACCUGUGAGUACGAGUUUUCAAAACAGCAACCUGCUCAGUGGUCAGGGCCCUGCAGUUCCUGCCCCUGCUGUGACUGGCAUUCCCGAGGACAACAAGGAGAGCCUUAGUGUGCCUCAAGAUACCGAGUGUCCAAGUGCACAAGGCGUCCAGGGUAACAAAGACCAGCCCAGUAUUGAGCUAAAAAGUAUCCCUGCUCCAGAAAUGAAAAUGUUGGUUCCAGAAGAACAGUCAAAAAAGGACGGGCAAGCCCUAGACACCGCUAAGCUUCCAGUCUUGGAGGAGAGUAAACCCACGGUGUCUCCAGCUAUGAGGGAGGCACCAACUUCUUUAAGUCAGCUUCUUGACAACUCUGGAGCUCCUAACGUAACCAUUAAGCCCCCUGGGCUGACUGGUCUUGAAAUGGCACCGAUGGUCACCAGUGGUGAGGAGCUAAAGAAGAUAGCUGUCAUUCCCCCGCUCCAAGAUCCGUCUUCGAGCAAAGAGCCUUCCAGCUCCCUUAGCUUGCCCCAGAGUAACGAGCCCUGUUCAAGUGCAGGGCACCAGGAACUGGGAGAAACAAACUCAAGUGUUGCACAGAGCGUUCCUCCAGUGAUGCAGAGGCCCAUCAGCUCUUCCAUGUCAGGUUCUUUACCCCCCAACCAGAUAACAGUUUUUGUCACCUCGAACCCCAUCACAUCCUCUGCCAGCACGUCGGCGCCGCUGCCGUCCAGCUUACAGCCCACCCUGGUGUCCACCGUGGUCACGAUGCCCAACGUGGGCAGCAAAGUGAUGGUGUCUGAGGGGCAGCCCGCGGCGCAGUCCGGCACCCGCCCGCAGUUCAUCACCCCCGUCUUCAUAAACUCCUCGUCCAUCAUUCAGGUCAUGAAGGGCUCUCAGUCCAGUACCAUUCCAGCAGCCCCCAUGACGUCCAGCUCCAGCCUCAUGCCUCAGUCUGUGGCAGUUGUUGGUCCUUUGCAUUUACCCCAGAACAUCAAGUUCUCCUCCGGGCCCGCUCCUCCCAGCACAUCAUCCGGCAGUUCCUCCUCCAGCGUUCCCACCAGCAGGCCGCUGGUUCUUAACCCCUUGGCGCCUCCUGCUCAGCUGCCUUCUCCCGCUACAACUUCUUCCAGUGUCCCUUCCCAUCUUCCUGCUCAGCCAGUCAAAGACUUCAGCCCAGAGGAGACUUCUCACAGCGGUGGGUCGAGCGACCAGUGCUCCGUGACGGCAGCGCAGUCUGGACCUGUGGUGUCGCCCCUUCUCACGAGUAGUCCAGGGUCUGGGAACAGGCGCAGUCCUGUUUCGUCAAGUAAGGGAAAGGGAAAAGUAGACAAGAUUGGCCAACUCUUGCUGACUAAAGCAUGCAAGAAAGUCACCGGCUCCCUCGAGAAAGGGGAGGAGCAGUACCCUUUGGAUGGAGAAGCGGAAGGCCAGGGACUGGAAACGCUGGUCUCAAAUAGUUUGGGAACAGAGCAAUCACCAGCAGAGCUCGACAGUAAAGCUGUGACACCUGCAGCACCCAGUCUGACAAAACAGAGCACUUGUGGGCCUGGCAGCUCCAGCAGCACGGCCACUCCUGCCCCUGCGUCCCCAGCAGCCAGCGCGGCGCCGGCCCCCGAGCCCCCGGCGCCCAGCACUAACGGCAGCAGCCAGCCCCCCGAGCCCACGGCGGCUGCCGGCGAGGAUGCGGCGCCACAACAGGAGCCCCUCCAGAGCGCAGCAUCCUCUCAACAUUUAACACAGAAAAAAAGCUCAGUUGCAGCAUCAGAAAGUACUGUUCAAAGAACAGAACUUGAAACAAAUGCUCCGGUAGUUGCUGGUCAAAGUAAUGAGACAAAAGAGAGUUGUGAAAAGUCUAAAACUCCAAAUAGAAGAAAUUCAAGAACAGAGGAUUGUGCCACUCCACAGGAAACUGUAGAGAACGGACAGCGCAAGAGAUCGUCGCGGCCAGCGUCCGCCUCCAGCACCGCAAAAGAGACCAGUGCCAGUGCAAUGCAGUCAAAACGAAGAAAGUCCAAGUAAAUUACUGCAUGGAAACAUGAAACUUGUAAAUGAGUGUGAAUUCCCCUGUAGCCAGUUUGAGCUGUGACCUUUUCCUCUUUUUUAAACAAAGCUCUGUACAGUAAGUCGCUGAAUCUCCUGCUGUCCCCAGGACAUGGGGGGGCUGAGAACCAGAGAAGUGGGUGUAAAAAAACUGGGUUUCUUGUAAAACUCUCUGGCUUUCCAGGGUGAACACAGGAGGUUGAUGUGUGUGUUUGUUUGUUUGUAUGACACGGGAGGGGGAGACCAUUGUAAAUGUCUGUUUCCACUUUUCACAAACCAACUAGAGUACAGGGUUGUCAUUUUUAGGUAUUAAAUGAGGUCUUGUGCUGUUGUUGAAGUACUGUAUGUGAAUAGCAGUGAGAGGGUCUUGUUGGGAAAUGUAAAUAGUUUUAUUAUAUAGUAGAUCUGAUGUAUUUGUUGUAGAAAUGGACCAGUGAAACGAAAUACACAGAAGGGUUUGUACAAUGUGGAAUCCCUCCUGCUCUGAAUAAAUGUUAUUGUCCUAGA